AUGUCGGAUCCCAGUUAUGGCGUCGCUCGCGUCUCCCUCUGGACCAGCGUCGAGUCCUGUUGUUCCAUCAUCGCCGCCUGCCUUCCGACCCUUGGACCACUCAUCAUUCGGGUCUUCCGCUUGCAAAACUCGCAGUACAAUAAGGAACCAACAUCCUCCGGCAGUCAACCUAAUAAAAAGCGCAUAGACGUUCCCGUACCUGAUCUGGACGGCCCGACUACGCACUUUGGAGGGAAUGUUUCAUUGAACCCAGCUGGUCGGCCGUGGGUUCGUACUUUGGGCCUGUGGAAAAACCAGCAUUACUACAAAUGCAAGAUGCAUUAUCCUGAUGACCUGAUGAAGAAAGCUAUUACUGCUGGCGAAGUACCAUAUUGUCUUGAGAGAGGAUGUUAUGGUGUGGUGAAGCCCGAUAUUGUCUUCUUCGGACAGAACCUUCCCGCCGAGUUCGAAGAGAAAGAAAAACAGGUUCACGAGGCAGAUCUGAUGCUUGUCAUGGGAACAAGCUUAAAUGUUGCACCUUGUUCAAGAUUGCCUAGGCUGAUAAAAGAAGAUCUUUCCCGUGUUAUGAUUAACAUGGAAAUAUCGGCCGACAUGGAGACUCGUGGAUACGACGUCUAUGUGAUUGGGACUUGUGACAAUGGUGUUCGCAAUUGGCGGAUGCUUUCGGAUGGACCGAUGAACUGGAAUCUCUGGAAUGAGGUUCUGGUGGCCAAAGGCGAUGAAUCCGACUUUGACAAUGGCCCAAGUCCGGAUGAAUGCAUCGGAAAAAUGACAAGUGAGAUGAAAGAUGGAAUUAAAACCUCUGGCGGACACAGGCGUAUGCUGGAGGAUCAUCUCGGGAACAAGCCUGCAAAUAUCAUGGACAAGGCACAUCGCUUAAGACGUUCGGUAUAUUUACUGUUAGUAUCUACUAUGAGAGUUAGAUGGUCGACAAACGAGGCUGCUAUUAUUGGUUGA